CAGUAUCACACAUGAUAGGUUUGGAUACACCAGUUCGGCAGGCAGUAUCACACAUGAUAGGCUCGGAUACACCAGUUCAGCAGACAGUAUCACACAUGAUAGGCUCAGAUACACCAGUUCAGCAGGCAGUAUCACACAUGAUAGGCUCAGAUACACCAGUUCAGCAGUUAGUAUCACACAUGAUAGGCUCGGAUACACCAGUUCAGCAGGCAGCAUAACACAUGAUAGGCUUGGAUACACCAGUUCAGCAGACAGCAUCACACAUGAUAGGCUCGGAUACACCAGUUCAGCAGACAGUAUCACACAUGAUAGGCUCGGAUACACCAGUUCAGCAGACAGUAUCACACAUGAUAGGCUCGGAUACCCCAGUUCAGCAGACAGUAUCACACAUGAUAGGCUCGGAUACACCAGUUCAGCAGACAGUAUCACACAUGAUAGGCUAUGAUACACCAGUUCAGCAGGCAGUAUCACACAUGAUAGGCUUGGAUACACCAGUUCAGCAGACAGUAUCACACAUGAUAGGCUCGGAUAUACCAGUUCAGCAGGCAGUAUCACACAUGAUAGGCUCGGAUACACCAGUUCAGCAGUUAGUAUCACACAUGAUAAGCUUGGAUACACCAGUUCAGCAGGCAGUAUCACACAUGAUAGGCUCGGAUACACCAGUUCAGCAGGCAGUAUCACACAUGAUAAGCUUGGAUACACCAGUUCGGCAGGCAGUAUCACACAUGAUAGGCUCGGAUACACCAGUUCAGUAGACAGUAUCACACAUGAUAGGCUCGGAUACACCAGUUCAGCAGACAGUAUCACACAUGAUAGGCUCUGAUACCCCAGUUCAGCAGACAGUAUCACACAUGAUAGGCUCGGAUACCCCAGUUCAGCAGACAGUAUCACACAUGAUAGGCUCGGAUACACCAGUUCAGCAGACAGUAUCACACAUGAUAGGCUCGGAUACACCAGUUCAGCAGGCAGUAUCACACAUGAUAGGCUUGGAUAUACCAGUUCAGCAGACAGUAUCACACAUGAUAAGCUUGGAUACACCAAUUCAGUAGACAGUAUCACACAUGAUAAGCUUGGAUACACCAGUUCAGCAGACAGCAUCACACAUGAUAGGCUAUGAUACACCAGUUCAGCAGACAGUAUCACACAUGAUGGGCUUGGAUACACCAGUUCAGCAGGCAGUAUCACACAUGAUAGGCUAUGAUACACCAGUUCGGCAGGCAGUAUCACACAUGAUGGGCUUGGAUACACCAGUUCAGCAGACAGCAUCACACAUGAUAGGCUCGUAUACACCAGUUCAGCAGGCAGUAUCACACAUGAUAGGCUCAGAUACACCAGUUCAGCAGGCAGUAUCACACAUGAUAAGCUUGGAUACACCAGUUCGGCAGACAGUAUCACACAUGAUAGGCUCGGAUACACCAGUUCAGCAGGCAGUAUCACACAUGAUAAGCUUGGAUACACCAGUUCGGCAGGCAGUAUCACACAUGAUAGGCUCGGAUACACUGAUGCAGCCUGCUCCGGUUGCUCAGAUUUUGGCGCUCGGCCCCUCCCCCGUCGAUGGCGAUCCCCUGGCUAUGAGCCCGCGGCGUCUGUUUGAAUAUUAUCCCGUCUGUUCUGCUGCCAACAGAAAUACAGAUGAUCAAGGCCCAGCAAAAACCAAAGGGACCGCACAGCAAACUCGGCUCCGAUAAAUCAGUAAAUUGGGUCAGAGAUAGUAACAGGGAAUAAUCUGCUGUUCUGAUGAUGUUUCCUCUUUAAUGUAAACACCUGCUGGAGACGCUCUGCGCUGCUUCUCCGUGUGUGAAUCCUAUUUGAUGCCUCGAAAUGAUCUCUAAAUGAAUUUCCCGUUAAGUUUUACCGGUUUAGUCGUUGUCAGGUCCUGUGAUCGCAGCUCAUUGAGGUCUAAGGCUUCUCAUUGUGACACGGCAGUGCGACGGACGUCAGGGAACACGGGGAGAAUACGG